GACUAGCCUUCUUCUAUGGAGGUUUGGUACGAGAUACCAACAUUGUGAACACGAUGAUGAUGUCAAUAAUUUCCAUGGGGCUCACGACCAUCACUUGGUUGGUGUUCGGCUUCAGCUGGUCCUUCGAUGAGUGGGGUGCGGGCAAGGGCUUCACAUAUGUGGGCUUCCGCAACCUGGACAUGGUGUGGCCCGGCACCACCAUGCCCGGCCUGACGUUUGCCGUCUUUCAGAUGACGUUUGCCAUCAUUGCAGCGGCCAUCAUUUCUGGAGCGGUGGUCGAGCGCAUCCGAUUUUCGGCCUAUGCCAUCUUCAUUGUUGCCUGGGUCCUGGCCCACCACUACCAUCAGCAGCAGCACCAUCGUAGUUUACCAGGAUAG